AUGGGAAAUGUACCAGCAACAAUAGAUCUUUUGAAGCAAGGAUUUGGAAACGGUUUUGAACCACCGAAGCGUAUUAUAAUUAUUGGUGCGCCUACUAAUACGACUGACCGUUUUAUCAUUAAUUUAAAUGAUGAUGGGAUGCCAGGGAAAACUGCAAAGACACUGUUUCACUUCAAUCCACGUUUUAAUGAAGAGCAGGUAGUUCGCAAUACGUGGUCACCAAUCACAGGAUGGGGAAAGGAAGAACGUUAUGGAGGAUUUCCUUUCAAAAUUGGAGAACCGUUUAUUCUGGAGUUUGUUGCUGCACCAAAUAAUUCUAUAAUUGUCAAUGUUGAUUACGAACCAUUUGUGACAUUUUCACGGGAUGAUUUGAGUAAAUUGAGCGUAUUGGAGAUUACGUUGGCAAUUAGGCUUUUCUCUGUGACUUUAUGUCUUGAUAACCCAUUACCCACUACAACAGAGGAACCAUCAACUACACUUCUAGCAACCACAACCCAGACAAAGCCUCCUCCAGUCUGUCGAGGAAAAAUUGUUUUAAACAAUUUGAAAAUACCGGCAAUAGUCGACUUCAGAAAGCUCGGAUUUGGAAGAGGCUUUGCACCAACUAAGCGCAUUAUAAUUUUUGGAACGCCUUUAGCAAAACCUGAAAGUUUUAGCAUUAACAUUGGUGCACUUGGGAAAUUGCUGGUAAAUGCUGAUGUGUUAUUCCACUUUAGUCCACGUUUUGAUGAAAAACAGGUUAUACUCAACUCCUGGAUUACAGGCAGAGGCUGGGAAAGAGAGGAGCGUCCUGAAGAUUUUCCCUUUCAAGUUGGAGAACCAUUCGUUUUAGAAUUUAUUGCUACAGAGGAUUCAAUAGAUGUAAUUUUUUAA